AAAAUGUGAUCAUCGAAGAAUAGAAGUGGAAAAAUCAGUGAGCUUGUUGUUUCCCUUUCACGCCCACGCGUGAUCUAAAGAGGCAAAAAAGCAUACAAAAAUAGUGUAUCCUACAUAUCUGAAGUGAAAACAAAUCACAGUAGAAGAGAAGAUAACAUAAUAAAGAAGAAAACCGUGCAUUUAAACCUCGUGAUCAAAGCGAAGAGGGAAAAGUGGAAUAAUUUACACAUCCAAAGGAAAUCUCGGCGCAGUACAAAACCGAAAACGACACAAGCGGAAAAUAUGGAUCAAUGUUCGAGCCUGCUGGUGUCUGCUUUGUUCAGCACGAUUAUCCUCGUCAGUUUAUAUAAUCCAGUUGAAGCUCAACUGCGACCGCGAAUACUGGAGCAUCCGGCGGAUGCCGUAGCUGCCAAAGAGGAACCCCUAACGCUCAACUGCAAGGCCACCGGUCGACCACCACCGGACAUUACCUGGUACCACAAUGGAUCGCCGCUUGGAUCCUCCGAUCGGCGAGUGAUUCUCCCGGAGGGAUCGUUGUUCUUUUUGAAGGUGAUGCAAAACAAACGCGAACAAGAUGCUGGGGUGUACCACUGCGAGGCACAGAAUCCCGCUGGAGUGGCAAUUAGCCGAAAUGCAACGCUACAGAUUGCCAUGUUGAAGGAUGAAUUUCGGGCGGUUCCGAAGGAUACAGUGGCGCUUGUAGGCGGACCGGUCAUACUGAACUGUACACCGCCAAGGGGUAUCCCGGAGCCGUCGGUUCUCUGGAUCAAAGACGGAAAGCUGCUGGACAUCAGCGGCAAGCGGCUAUCCAUGGUCGAUUCCGGUAGUUUGAUGAUCUCGGAGAUCCAACCAAACGACACUGGAAAGUACGAAUGUUCAGCGCAAAGUAUGGCCGGUACAAAGACCACACCACCGGUCUAUUUGAAAGUGCUUGCACCACCGACGAUUGUAAAAAGUCCUCACGAUACUGAAGUGUUGGAAGGAGAAGGUUUUGAUCUUCCCUGUGAAUUGGCUGGUGAUCCACGGCCGGUGGUGACCUGGCGUAAAGAAAGUGGCCGUCUUCCAGAAGGAAGAUCGCGAAAGUUGUUGGACAAUACACUGCGGAUAGAGGACGCUCGUCAAGAAGACGAGGGAAAGUACAUCUGCGAAGGACACAAUGAAGGUGGUAAUGUUACAAUUUCCGUCUAUUUGUACGUGUACGAAGCACCGACUUUCAUGGAAGCACCUGUGGAUGUCGUGAUCAGAGAAGGUGAGGGAAUCACCUUGCCUUGCCGUGCCAAGGGACGGCCAACCGUGCGGGUGUUUUGGGAUCGGAUUGACAAGACACAUGUGAACAACAGUGGAAAUAAACCCACUGCUAUUCCGGAGCAGCCAACUCACAAACCGGCUGAAAAGUCCAAGCGAAGUAUACUGUUAAGAGCAAAUGAGAAUCAUGUGCGCUCCUUUGCGCCGGAAUCGAUUGGAAAUUGGACGAUAAAAAUAGAACCGGUUUCGGAGAAGCAACUCUUUCAACUGCCACACACUUCUCGAGUCCAGUUAGUUCGGAAUAAACGAGAAUCUGUCGAAUCUAGCAUAGAGAUGGAGGCAAUCUCCAGUACUAUUCCUUCUCUAGUCAGUAACAGCAUAGUACAGUUUGAGGAAAAUGGCGGUCUCACGUUGAAGGCUAUCAGCAAAGCGGACGAAGGAUGGUACGCCUGUGCGGCUAUCAACGAAGCCGGUAGUAUAGUGAAGAAGAUUUUCAUUAAAGUUUUGGAUAAAGACGAAUCGUUAGAAGCUCGCAAGGAGCAAAUUCAUACGUACGACCAAAGUCGCUGGGUUAGCGAACAGUUUAUCGUUCUAAACAACGUGUUCACCAUCUCGGCCAGUUCAAUCGGAAUCUCGUGGGACGUUACGGAUAGUGCUACUAAAAUGCCCUUACGUAUGUACUACCGGGUUGCCAGUGAACCGAUGGCUAAUUUUCUGUACAAUUCGUCCUUCGAAAGUCAAGUCACCGUGAGCAAUCUGAAGGAGUUGAUCCUCAACGAUUUGCGACCGUACACGGAGUACGAAAUUUUCGCCAGCAUUCCCGAGGGACUGUCCGGUUCGGUUUCGAACAUUCGGCGAGGAAAGACCCUCGAUGGACCGCCGACGGCAGCGCCAACGGAUGUGCGGGUCGGUGUGAUCAACACGACGGCUGCCUUCGUUCGGUGGUCGCCACCUCCGGUGCAUUUGCUGAACGGAGAGCUGACGGGUUAUAAGAUUCAGAUAAAAUCGAAUGCCACAAAUAAGGUGCUAGGGCAGAUGGUUCUAAACUCGACCACCCAAUCGGUGGUGAUCAACAGCUUGACCCCGGGCGCGCUGUACAUUGCCAAGGUGGCAAGUUUAACUGCUGGCGGCAUAGGUCCAUACAGUUUACCAACUCCCCUCCACAUGGAUCCGCAAAACAUUGUUCGAACGGACCCAACACCGAGUUACUGGAUGUCGUCGUGGAUGUCCGGCACAGUACUGGUGUUUCUUUGCGUGGGCCUCAUCGGGGGAGCAGUGUUUGCCAUAUUCUGGGCCAUCCGAAAGAAGCAAAGCGUAAAAGCGUCCUACCCUGGUCCUUCGGUGACCACAAUCAUUCCCGACAAGCAGCAUACGCUUUGGUUGCACGGGAACACGCUAGUUAAGCCAUCGCACUCGCUAGAUCCCCCGAGCACGUCCGAGUACGCAGAACUGACGAACAAUACACAGCAUCUGAAGGCCAACAACUGCAUUCCACCGGAGCCAUAUGCCACAGUGACCCUGCAGCGUGGUGGCACCGUUUCGGAGGAACCUUGCAUGAAAUGUGCCAACAGUCCGCAGUCCAGUGAAUAUAACGCACCAAUGAGGGAACCAAUCAACAUAUCAGAUGUACUGCCACCACCACCGGACCAUCCGUACGGUACAUAUCGUCCGCCGACGAGCAUGACAAUUCGAACCAAUCCGGCUGCCCUGUCACCGCAGAUGGUUCGUAAAAACCAUGGCCCUCCCCCGAUGCCAAAUCGUUGGGACACAAUGCCCCCACCCAUUCCGAGCUUCCCGCAGAACUGGAUUCGUCCGCAUCACAUGACGAUGAACAACGCCGAAAUGUACUCAGAAAAUGACUACGAAAGUGGUUCCGUACUGUACGAGCAGUGCUACCGGCCGGAUCAGAUGCCCCCGGUCGUGCCACCUCCCAGCAACAGUAGCCAUUUCUUUAGCCACGCCGGAGAACCAACGGAGGAAUUCUACCGUCACAUGAACAUGGAAUUCGCCGAAGAUCUCGGUUUCGAACCGGCCAGUCCUCCGGCACCGUGUCCGGAGACCCCCUUCAACAGUAAAUUCCUAACGAGCGGCGGCACUUCCGAUAGCCCCGUCAUAUCGCGCAAAAUCGGCGUCAGCACAAACCCUCGGGGACAUCUGCAGAACAGUGUCUCCAGCACUAGUAACAACUACAGCAACAGCAGCCAGCAUAGUGCCGGCCAGAGCUCCGAGAGCGACAGUGACAACCGGUGGGCUCCGGCCCGGACGAAACGGAGCAGAAGUAGGUCGAAAAGUAGCGAUCGAAAGUACAAUCGAACUCUAAUUCGAUAA